AAGAGAGAACGCAGGAGAGUGGACAGACCGGAAACGAUACGAAGCAAUUGGCCAUGGCCACCGGACGUAUGAUGAUAGACUUUCCGAUCACUUCAUCACUCUCUUCCACUUCGUCUACCUGCUGUUGCAGCCAAUCUCCGAGCUUCAACUUCCUCGAGAAGACCGCAUUUCCCCUGAAUAGUACUACCCGUUGCAGCAGCAGCAGCAAUGCCGCUGUGUGUUUCUCUUCUAGAUCAGCAAAGAAAUGGAACAGUAACUCCGGAGGUGACGUCGAUUGCGACGGCGGAGUUGUCGUCAAGAACGAAAACGAUGAAGAUCAGCCGCAGCAACAACGGCGGCGAGAAAAAGUCGGCGGCGGUGGUGGAGAGGCGAGGAGGAGGCAGAGGAGAGUUAUUUGCGAGGUGGAAGUGGUUUCAUGGCGGGAACGGAGGAUUAGGGCUCAGAUUCUGGUGAAUUCCGACAUCCAAUCCAUCUGGAUAGCUCUCACUGAUUACGAACGCUUAGCCGAUUACAUCCCCAACCUCCUCUCCAGUGGAAGAAUCCCGUGUCCGCAUCCAGGCCGGAUAUGGCUGGAGCAGAGAGGACUACAGAGAGCUCUUUAUUGGCACAUUGAAGCUCGUGUUGUGCUGGAUCUCCAAGAAUUCCCCAUUUCUGCGGACAAGCACGAGCUGCACUUUUCCAUGGUGGAUGGCGACUUUAAGAAGUUCGAAGGCAAAUGGUCCCUCAACUGUGGCACAAGGCCUGGAACCACUGUGUUAGCUUAUGAAGUUAGUGUGAUACCAAGAUUCAACUUUCCUGCCAUCUUCUUGGAAAGGAUCAUUAGGUCGGAUCUUCCUGUUAACCUCCAGGCAUUAGCUUGUCGUGCUGAAAACCAAGUUAUGGCCAUGGGAAAUCAUAAAACGAAAACUGAUGAAUUGUCAAGAUCAACAUCCGGAGCUAGAGAUAUAGAAGAAACCUACAAUUCUACGAAUUCUAGUCCUGUGCCAGCCUCCGCAGGCGAUAUCAGUUGUAAUUGGGGUAUUUUCGGCAAAGCGUGCAGUCUUGAGAAGCGUUGCCUUGUGGAUGAAGUACAUUUGAGAAGAUUUGAUGGCCUAUUGGAAAAUGGCGGGGUUCAUCGUGGAGUUAUCGCUAGUAUAACCGUUAAAUCUCCUCUUCGAGAAGUUUGGAAUGUUUUGACUGCUUAUGAGAGUCUUCCUGAGAUUGUUCCAAACUUGGCAAUCAGCAAGAUUUUAUCACGUGAAAACAACAAAGUUCGAAUCCUUCAGGAAGGUUGCAAAGGUCUACUCUAUAUGGUACUCCAUGCACGUGUUGUUUUGGAUUUAUGUGAGCUACAUGAAAGGGAGAUCAGCUUUGUGCAAGUAGAUGGCGACUUUGACUCAUUUCAUGGGAAGUGGGUUCUAGAGCAGUUGGGAAGUCAUCAUACAUUACUCAAAUAUGUUGUUGAAUCCAAAAUGCAUAAGGACACCUUUCUCUCAGAGGCUAUAAUGGAAGAGGUUAUAUACGAAGACCUCCCAUCAAACUUGUGUGCAAUUCGAGAUUAUGUUGAGAAAAUGCAAGCUGCGAAUUCCUUGGAACCAGAUGAUUUAAUCAAGCACUCUGAGCAUGAACCUUCCAGUAGCAAUCACACUCCAGUGGAAGAGCAACAAGUUUCAGAUUCUGGUAAUGCAGUUUCUUCAAGACAAAGGCCCAGAGUUCCAGGCUUGCAGAGAGACAUUGAAAUUCUCAAAUCAGAACUCCUGAAGUUUGUGUCGGAACAUGGGCAGGAAGGGUUCAUGCCCAUGAGAAAGCAACUUCGACUGCAUGGCAGGGUAGAUAUAGAGAAGGCAAUAACACGCAUGGGUGGAUUCAGAAGAAUCGCAUCAUUAAUGAAUCUGUCUCUUGCUUACAAGCACAGAAAACCCAAAGGUUACUGGGACAGCCUGGAGAAUUUGCAGGAAGAGAUAAAGCGAUUUCAGAGGAGUUGGGGAAUGGACCCUUCUUUUAUGCCGAGCCGAACAUCAUUUGAGCGUGCAGGUCGUUAUGAUAUAGCUCGUGCAUUGGAGAAAUGGGGAGGGCUUCAUGAAGUUUCUCGGCUCUUGGCACUUAAGGUGCGGCAUCCCACUAGACAGCUAAAUCUUGUCAGGGAGAAAAAGUUUGACCAGUGGCCAUUGAGCAGUGCAGAAGUGGAGGACAAAAUCUCUUCUACAAAAGCUGAUGUAUCUCAAAACACACAGAAAUGGCUCACCAAAUUGAAAGACUUGGACAUUGAUUGGGGGGCCUGAGAAAGGUACAACAGGGCUGCUCAUUUAGUGACUACUAAAGCCCUGUCAACGACAGUUUGACUAUUCGUCGACUGCCACGUUUGGUUGCUUAUUGUACAUUAACUGUCUAUCAUCUAUGAAAAAAACUCAAUGGCUACACAACAUCCAAAGGACUUAAUUUUGCUUUAAGCUAUAGUCACAACUCAAUGAACUAAUUCCUACCCACGAGUGUUGCAGUGCAAAGAAAUUAAAACUUCAUAUUUCAGCUCCCUUUCAGUUGUGGCUUCUUCCCCUUGAACCCCACUCUGACUGGCCUUCGAUAUGGUAGUUUAAUUCCUCCUUGUUUCCGUAACAUUCGCUUUCUCCCUAAUUCAGAAGUUUGUAAGGUUUUGGAUUUCUUUGAAUUCUUGACAUGAUGCAUUAAACCCUGCACCAGUGUAUUAAAAUGCUGCCCCUGGUUCUUUUCAACCAAGUUCCCAUGUUUUUUCACCACUGCUUUUUCUGCAUACAACUUGGGCUUGCCCUCAUGGUGAAACAUGUCCCUCAAAGGCUUCCAAGUUGUUGCUUUGUUCCCACUUUUGCUUUGUUUUCGGUUAUCAUGAUGGUGAUGAUGGUGGUGGUGGUGGUGGUGGUGAUGAUGGUGAAAGAUGAGCGCCAGCUUAUCCUUAAACCUUUUAAACCGUCCAACUGCUCUCUCAUGACGUGAUCUGCUGUAUCUCGUGCUUCUGCUGCAGCUGUCUCCAUCUCGACCAUUUGUAUCAUGGUAACUGGACGAAGCAUAGGAAGAGCCGCUGUUACUCUCCUCACCUGUACUACUGUUUUGUGAUGCUCUCUCCCUAGCGUUGUAAUCUGAGCAUGAAAAGUUCUCACUGUUGCUACUGCUGUUGCUCUCAGUGCUUAUCUGUUGUCGACUUGUCCAAUCAUAGGAAGUAAAAGAAGAAGAGGGAGUGUAAGAACACGAUCUCGCACUUGAGCUCCAUUCCUCCUCUGAGCCAUUGUCCUGCUGCUGAGAUUUUGUAUUGAAAGUCCUGCUCCUGCCGUGAAGAUUGUCUUGGGCCUUCCUUGAAGAUGGAAUAUGAUAGUCAAUCAUUGCAGGCCUUAUGGCUGUCGAAUCCUUGAGAUGUUUCUUGCGACUCUGUGCCUUGGCCAGACUAUGAUCAUUUGGGUUGGGCAUCUGCUUCUCGUUGGUCUCCUUUGCUGCUUUCAUGGUUGGAAUUUUGGUGAUACCAUCCAUCCUCGGAGCGGUUAAACCAUCAACAUACUGACAUUCCUCCAACGGUCGAGAUCUUGUAUUCUGUUUCACUAGUAGCCUUCCUGAGACAUUUCUCCCAUUCAUGGUGUCGCUCAGAUGAACAACAUUCUCAUCCUGGAAUCCCUGUGAAGAAGAUUCAACUCCUCGUGCUGGCGGCUUGGGUUCCUCCAACAUUCGUUUCCGAAUUGUUUGUCGACGACCAUUAGUCUCAACUUCCUGUCUUGUGUCGCUCACCGCUGGCAUGGCCAAGUCAGCAGCCCUGCGUAGUUCAACAAUACUACUUGCUUGUACUCUACAAUCUUGACAACAGCAAUUGUGUUGUUGUUGUUGUUGUCGUCCUGGUCUUCCAAACCCAUCAACAUAACUUUCGGUCGAGUAACACAGAUUCGAACCGGUAAGCCAGGGUUGAGACGAUGGAGUAACCUGGCUAGGUUUCUGCAGCCGCGGUUGGCUGGCUGUUGUUGCUGAUGAUGGCACCGGGUUGCUGGCUUGGAUAGAGCAGAGACGACAUCGUUUAAUCCGGGGUGGAGGGUAGUCCGAAUGUGAGGAGGAGACAGCGAGUCUGGACAUGUCUGAAACCAGUUGCUGCUGCUGCUGCUGCUUAGUAGUGGCGGGAUCAGGGUGUAGACUGCAGAGCAGCGUGUUGCGUGGUGAAGGGUUCGAUACCUCGCUGCAAGAGAGGUUGUGAUGAUAAGCACUGUCGAGGAUAUCCUUCAAUACCUGUCUUGUUCUUCCAUCCAAAUCCAACUGUCAAACAUAAACGACCACCCAAAAGGGAGAACGGUGAUUCGUUCAUUCUUAAUAUGUUGUUUGUUUAAGAAUGCUGAGAGAGAGAGAGAAGGAAAGUGGGGGCAGCGUACCUGAAGAGGCGGAGGGAGGCGGAGGAGGUUGUACAAAUCGGAUAUGGUUUCACGUUCUUCCUUCUUGCUCAUUCCUUCUUCAUCUUUGUCUUCGUCUUCCAUGUCCAUGCAAUCAAUGAAAAUCAGUGGCGUCAUCAGUUUCUAUGAUUUGUUGAUCCCACAAUUUCGUAAUGUUGGGCAGCCAAAAUAACUUCGUAUAAGGAUGUAACUUCCUCAAUCUGUGUUUCCUCCUUAUAACCACCGAAUUUGAAAUCGGGAGGAGUCACACCGGUUCAAUCUUUUAUUUCCCACCAGUCUCAAAAAAGAGAUGGAGAGUACUUAUUCUAAUGAGCG